AAAUAACGCAACGAGAGAGCACGACAGGUUUGAUCAUGUCGGGAAGAAAAGUUUGAGAAAAAACAAUACUAUUUUAUAACAAAAGAGAAGACUUUUGUUUGGAAAAAUUGGGGAUUAUGGUAUGGCCAUUACAAGACAUAUGGGUCCCCAGUUCCUCAUCACUCUCUCCACCACCAAAUCCUCUCUGUCUCUUUUUACUCCGAUUUCAUCGUCUCUCUCAAACCCUAAAUACCCUCCUACUCUGCUUUUGUCUCUCAAGCUUCUUUUCUUGGCUUCUUUCCAAGACUCUCUCUCUCUUUUGGUAUCUUUUUGGAUUCUUCUGUUUCUUAUUGACAUGCGUGGUGGCGGUAGGUCAGAAUUGGAGGUAGGGAAGAAGAGUAAUGCUCCGGCUGAGACUGAGCUGGAACUGGGAUUAGGGCUCAGCCUCGGCGGUGGCCCGUGGAGAGAACGUGGGAGGAUUCUUACGGCUAAGGAUUUUCCUUCUGUUGGCUUUAAACGCGCCGCUGACUCUUCAUCUCACCAAGGAGCUUCUCCUCCUCGUUCAAGUCAAGUGGUAGGAUGGCCACCAAUUGGGUCACAUAGGAUGAACAGUUUGGUUAAUAACCAAGCUAUGAAGGCUGCAAGAGCCGAAGAAGAAAAAGAAGAAGAUGGGAAGCAGAAUGAUGGGUGCAAAGAUGUGUCAGUGAAGGUGAAUGGGAAACUACAGGGUUUAGGAUUUGUUAAGGUGAAUAUGGAUGGAGUUGGUAUAGGCAGAAAAGUGGAUAUGAGAUCUCAUUCGUCUUACGAAGACUUAGCUCAGACGCUUGAGGAAAUGUUCUUCGGAAUGACAGGUACUACUUGUCGAGAAAAGGUUAAACCUCUAAGGCUUUUAGAUGGAUCUUCAGAAUUUGUGCUAACGUAUGAAGAUAAGGAAGGAGAUUGGAUGCUUGUGGGUGAUGUUCCGUGGAGAAUGUUUAUCAACUCGGUGAAAAGGCUUCGGAUCAUGGGAACCUCAGAAGCUAAUGGACUUGCUCCAAGACAUCAAGAGCAAAAGGAUAGACAAAGAAACAACCCUGUUACCAAAGAUGGCACUGUUAUGGUUUCUUGAGUUUUGCAAGUUUUACUCAUUACUUUUAGGAGAAAGUAUACUGGAGAAUCGAAAAAGGCAAAGUACAACCUUAUAUUUGUUUUUAAUCCGGGUCUUCGGAUAUGGUUUUACUCUAUGUCAAUUUCAAUUCCUAGUUUCCUUGUUUCUUCUUUCGCUGUGUAAUAAGUUUUUUUUUCUGUUCUACUCAGAGAAUGCUCUUGUUUACUUCUCUCAGAUUGUAAAUAGUCGAAGCUAAAUUAAUUAUGUGUAGGAGUUGUGUUUCUCUU